AUGCUCUGCUUGAAGAUCUCGCUAUGCGCUCAGGCUGACGUGAUCGCUGGGACGCCCGCCCAUGUUGCCUCCAACCCGGCCGGCGUCUGCGCCGGUCAGCAGGGGUAUUCAUUCCUGAAGACAGUUCUACGCGGAGCGGGUGCACGGAACAAAUGGAGGAGGAAGAUGAAUAAGAACAAACAGCAGAACCAGAAGCCCAACAUGUCUGGAAACAACCAGAACACAAGGUCUGACAUCAUUCGCGAGGGUUGUAUGAGGUUGACGAUUGUAUCCAAAAUAGGCGAGACUCACAGGGUUCAGCAUCACAUCAAUCAUCCAACCAAGGCAACAAGCCAAGGCAACACGGGGGAUGGCAAAAGGGAUAUCGCAGUCCGAACCAGCAGUUUCAAAAGCGGCGCCAAGAGUUCUUCUCUGCCAGUGAAGCAUACAGUUCUGGUGGAGACUUUGAAGAGUUUGACAUGGGGGACAGUGACAUGCAAUCUGACAGCGAUGAUGAAUACAGUGACUCUGAAGGAUUUAGCUCGGAGGGCUCUACCAUUUAUGUUGAUUCCCAAGGAAAUCCCGUCGAAGGAUCAGACAGGUAGGCAGGCAACUUUGCGAGCCAAGACUUUGGUCAACAACACCCGGUGCUACGACGUACUGGGGAUCUCGAAGAAUGCGACUGUAGAUGACAUUAAAAAGGCCUACAAGAAGCUUGCGCUCAAGUCUGCUUUCUUCGUGACCCGGUUGUACGUGCUGAAAGGAUCCAGGUGGCAUCCUGACAAGAACCCUCAUAACAAGACAGCGGCAGAAGAAAUGUUCAAGAAGGUGACGGAUGCAUACGCAAUCUUGAGCGACCCCGAGAAGAAGAAGCUUUAUGACGCACAAGGCGAAGCCGCGUUCGGAGGCGAUGAAGGAGACGACAGUGGUGGUGGGCAAGGGUUCGUGAAUCCUCAAGAUAUUUUCAAUGCCUUCUUCAGUGGAGCUGGAGGGAUUUUCGGCUUCGACGAUGCUGGCAGUCAAUCAGAGGAAGUUGUCUUCAUGGAUUAUGAAGUCCCGAGAUAUGGCUCCAUGCCUUCCAACGGAUACUUCUAUGUACACAAGGAUGGGCCGCAGAAUCGAGGCGCUGCCAGGGGACGAGGACGAGGAGGCGCGAAGAAUCAACGGAGAAACAAUGGGCAAGGAGGGGACAGAAAUUCGUUCCGGGGACAGGGAAAGAGAGGGAUGAGCAAGGGGCGACGUUAA